AUGGGUGGCUACAACUACGGGCUGGGGAGCGCUACGACCGCCCUCCUGGUCAUUGGAGCCUACAUGCUCUUCACCGGUAGCGGCGAAUCGUUCAACGUCGGCGCUUUCCUCGAGUCCAUCUCUCCCUACGGCUGGGCUGGUCUCGGUAUCUCCCUGUGCAUCGGUCUCUCCGUCGUAGGAGCAGCAUGGGGUAUCCUCAUCACGGGCUCGUCCAUCCUCGGCGCCGGUGUCAAGGCCCCCCGAAUCCGAACCAAGAACCUGAUCUCCAUCAUCUUCUGCGAGGUCGUCGCCAUCUACGGCGUCAUCAUGGCCAUCGUCUUCUCCUCGAAAGUCGGCUUCGUUGACGCGGCUGGCGUCGCCGACGCAGAGGCCUACUACACCGGCUUUGCCCUGUUCUGGGCUGGAAUCACCGUCGGAGGCUGCAACCUGGUCUGCGGUAUCGCCGUCGGUAUCAACGGCAGUGGAGCCGCCCUGGCUGACGCUGCCGAUGCCACCCUAUUUGUCAAGAUUCUCGUUAUUGAGAUCUUCAGUUCCGUCCUCGGUCUCUUCGGCCUGAUCAUCGGCCUCCUGGUUUCGGGCAAGGCCAAUGACUUCGGCAAGCAGAUGGCCGGUUCAUAA